AUUGCAUUCCUAGGCAUCGCUAACUCGUGAAGUAUUCCAGACGAAAUGUCUUUGAAGCUGUCCCUUUAAAACUCGAGCGAGCUACCAGGCAAACUCCGCCUCCAGGGAGGUUCCUUAUUUAAUAGGAGCCAGCUGGCUGGGUCAGGGCUCAAUACCCCAAGCAAUACCUGCUACUGAGCGUUUUUCUCGGGAGACCGCAAGGCAGGCGGCAUGGCUCAAGAGUUUGUCAACUGCAAAAUCCAGCCUGGGAAGGUGGUUGUGUUCAUCAAGCCCACCUGCCCUUACUGCAGGAAGGCCCAGGAGAUCCUCAGUCAAUUGCCCAUCAAACAAGGGCUUCUGGAAUUUGUCGAUAUCACAGCCACCAAGCACACUAACGAGAUUCAGGAUUAUCUGCUACAGCUCACGGGAGCAAGAACGGUGCCUCGAGUCUUUAUCGGUAAGGAUUGCAUAGGCGGAUGCAGUGAUCUAGUGAGCAUGCAGGAGAGUGGGGAGCUGCUGACGCGGCUAAAGCAGAUUGGAGCUCUGCAGUAACCACAGAGCAGGUUCCACGCUGAUGUCCCCCGUCAAGAACUGGAUGGCAUUGCAAAUGAUGACAGCAUUUCCUAGUGGAUGAAUUUGGGAGCAUAAACAGCUUUUUUCUUCUUUCGGCUCAGUAUUUAAAAGUGGAUCAACUUGCUGUUAGCCACAGUGCCAAGAAGAUUGACAGGCCAUCUUUGUUUUCUUCUAGAUGUGCUCUUUGGUUUUCAGAGACUGUGACAAGUUCUGGGCUAGGAUUCGUUCACUGAUCCUCAAUUGUUCUUUCUCUUGGGUACGAAUUUCUUUCUUUUUUUUUUGAGAUGGAGUCUUGCUCUGUCACCCAGGCUGUAGUGCAGUGGCACAAUCUCUGUUCACGGCAUCCUCCACCGCUGGGGUUUAAGCGAUUCCCCUACCUCAGCCUCCUGAGUAGCUGGGACUACAGGUG